AUGAAUAAGCUGAUUAUCGUCGAAGAUUCUCCAUUUGAAGAGGAUUUAUCAUCUGAUUCUGAAAUAUCUUCUGAUGAUAAGAUUACGAUGGCAGAUUCUAAACUUGAUAAUGAAUCUGAAAAUACGUUAAAAAAGCUGCUUUCCAAAAGUCAUGUUGAUAUUGAUUCACCAUCUACAGAGCCAGAAAUAGAAAGUGAUUUUGAUAAUAAAAUUGAAUUAUUAAAGUUAAUUCUGUUUAUAGAAAAAAAACUUCAAGAUGAGAUUCUAUUACCUAAACAAAAAUGGCGAUUAGGAGCUGUACUUUAA